CUCUCUCUCUCUCUCUGUAGGCAUGUCCAGGUGCUCCAGUAAGCUCCAGGGCUGAGCAGUGUGCAGCGUUCAACCAUCAAGAGUUUAUGGGCCGCGUGUAUGACUGGGAGCCUUUCACAGAAGUGGGUCUGGAGCAGCAGUGUGAGCUGACCUGUCGACCGGUCGGGUAUCGCUUCUACGUGCGGCAGGCGGAGAGGGUACGAGAUGGAACGCCCUGCGCAAAUAACACACCCAACCAUGUGUGUGUGGGAGGACGCUGUCUGAGCGAGGGCUGUGACGGUGUGUUGGGCUCAGGAUUGGUUCGGGAUCGCUGUGGUGUGUGCGGCGGAGGAGAAAGCACCUGUGAGAGGGUCACGGGAAGUUUCCAGAACACCAGUGUCCCGCUGGGCUACCACAAAAUCCUGAACAUCCCCCCCGGAGCCACGGCCAUCAACAUCACUGAGAGACGAGCCAGUCCCAACUAUCUGGCCCUGCGCAGUGGAACAGGUCAGUCUGUGGUGAACGGACGCUGGGCGGUCGAUCCUCCGGGAGAGUAUCAGGCUGGAGGAACCACCUUCCUCUACAGCCGACCCAAAGCUGGGCCUCAAGAGCAGGGAGAAGAGAGAGGAGAAACCCUCAGCGCUCCUGGACCCACAACAGCCCAGCUGCAGCUAUACAUUAUUUUCCACAGACAGAAUCCAGGCAUAGACUACGAAUAUUACAUCCCAGUGGAGAGACGGAGGGACGGAGAGAGAGAAGUACACGGAGAGAGGGAGCGAGGACGGGCGGCGCUCAGAGAAAUCAGUGGCGUGUCAGUCGACAACCCUCUUGCUCCUCCACCUGUGUCAUCUUCUUCCUCUAUAUCUGACCGAUGGCCACCAGAGAGGCCCCGCCCACAGGGCCUAGGACCCAAUCGGAAUGCUCGGAUCCCUCCGAGAACAGACCUCCCAUUGGACAAUCAGCCUGUGUUUGUGUGGCGCAGAGGAGCGCUGACUGAAUGCACAGCUACCUGUGGAAAAGGCUCUCAGUACAGAGAGAUUGUGUGUGUGAAUCGACACACAGAACAGGAAGUUCAUGAGCGGAGGUGUGACUCCGCAACCAAACCUGCGCCGGAGGAGGAGCCGUGUAACGUUCAUCCCUGUCCACCGUUCUGGGAUAUGGGUGUGUGGUCGGAGUGCAGUGUCUCCUGCGGCUGGGGUGUGCAGCAGAGACACAUUCAGUGCAGGCAGAGUUUUGGGAAUCGCUCCACCAUGGUUCACCCUCAGCGCUGCGCCAGUCUCAGCCGCCCCAACGCCACACAGCCCUGCCACCCACACGUCUGCUCGCACUGGGAGAUCAGCACCAACUGGAGCACGUGCUCAGUGGAUUGUGGAGUGGGAAAGAGAACCCGGAGCGUGCGCUGUGUAAGUGACCAUGGCAACACUGUGAGUGACAGGGAGUGCAGUGACAGGCUCCGCCCACAGCGCACCGAGGACUGUCACAUGGGUCCUUGUGUCACUAACUGGUACUUCACGGACUGGACAAACACUUGCUCUGCGACGUGCGGGCCGGGCGUCCAGCGCAGAGAGGUGGUGUGUCUGACCGGCGGAGGAAGGAGAGAAGGAGACGGAGGAGGGGAGUGUGGGGGGGAGAAACCGGCUGAUAUGAAGGCCUGUAACGGGGGUCCCUGUACACCCAUCCACCUCUGGUACAGCGGACCCUGGGGACAGUGUAACGCAGCGUGUGGAAGCGGCACCCAGCGCAGGGACAUCAUCUGCGUGAGGAAGACAGGAAGUGACUUCACCAUGAGCGCUGCCAGUGAGUGCUCACACCUGGAGAAACCGUCUCCCGUGCAGCCGUGUGAGCUGCAGCCCUGCACACCGCAGUGGUUCACCACCGAGUGGAGCGCGUGCUCUCGGUCCUGCGGUGAAGGGGUGCAGACGCGGGAGGUGCGCUGUCUCACUGCUGACAAACAGCACAACACAGCCUGUGAUCUGGACUCAAGACCAGCCCAUGAGCGCUCCUGCAACACCAUACCCUGCAGUCCCUUCGAAGAUGAGAACUGUAAGGACAGAAGACAUAACUGUGUAACGGUGGUCCAGGCUCGACUCUGCGUCUACUCUUACUAUAAGAGCGCAUGCUGUGCGUCCUGCACCCAGAGUGCUCAGCGGGCCAAGAGACAUUAACCCUGCACAAGCCACAGACACGUCAGCUUCAGAGAUUCACCACCAGAGCCAGAACUCAGCCAAUCACAGUUCUCUCAGAGGAAACAGCCAAUCAGACGCCAUUCAGGUUCAAAAGGAAUUCCAACUUGAACUGAGCUGAGAUCAGGAUCCCUUUAAACUCAAAUCUCUUAAAAAUGUUAUCGCAUAUGAGCUCAUAGUCUCAAAUGAUUCACAUUAGCUCUUUCCCCACUGGUGACGAGUGUUUAGUACACUAUACUGUUAUAACCAUUCCUUAAACGAUCUUUAAACAAAUGAGCUGACAUCGCAGGUCCACAUUCUGGACACGUAUAUGAAGAUAUUGUUAAGUGGGAACAAUUCUAGAAGUUGCUUAAGUGCUUUCCCACAUUAAGUAUUUCAUAAUGUUUUUUUUUUUAAUUGCAAGUCAAUGGAUACAGAAUCUGGUAUAUGUACCAGUAAUCUGUCUCAUUUAUUCGGUUUAUGAGUUGUGCGAAAACAGAUGACAAGCAUUAAUUACACACCUAAUGUGCGUCAUUAACCCCUAAUUAUGUUGUAUUAGAACUAAAACCCUACUGUGGAAAAAGAGAGACAAAUAUUCAUCAUAAUUACUGCACAGAAGCGAUAGAUUCUUAUGCAAACAUUGAUUCUUCCCUCAAAAAUAGCCCCUUUGGCCUUGUCUCGGUGCCCUAAAUGGUCCUUAAAAUAUCAGUGCUUCAGCAAGAACAUAAAUACUAAAGCAUAAGUGCUCACGGCUGUCUUAAAAUAGCACCCUUAGUGCUGACAGUCAGACCUGCAGAUCGUAUUCGAGUGCAGUGUGAACAGAAAUCUGGAAAUCUACUCUGAAUCUAGUCCAUUAAGCUAUUAGGAGCGGAUGAGCAUCAUGAUCAGCUCUCUGUAUUUGAUUCACUCUCUGUUCUUUAGGUUGCUUAUAUCUAAAUGUAUAUCAGUUGUUUUGGUGUUUUCAUGUUUUUGUCAUUUUUUGUGUGACAUGUUUGUGUUUUUUUGGCUUUGUUAUUUCUAACUGUUUGUAUUGGUUGCCCUCAAUGUAAUUUAAAGCAAUAGUUCACCCAGAAAAUUUGCUUAAAUGCAGUCUCUCUCAAGCCAUCCAAGAUGUAGAUGAGUUUGUUUCUUCAUCAGGUUUGGUGAAAUGUAUCACUGCAUCAGUGUCUCAGCAAUUGAUUCCUUUGCAGUGAAUGGGUGCCGUCAGAAUGAGAGUCCAAACAGCUGAUAAAAACCUCACAAUAAUCCACAGCACUCCAGUCCAAGGGUUAAGGUGUCCAUCAUUAAAGCUGUUUUUAAUUUAGCUGUUAAGAAUAUUUCUCUCCUGAUUCAGAUGUGACUACUUUUUCACUGGAGAAAUUUAUGGAUUAUUGACUUUAGCAAUGUUUCAAAGUUUAAAAAAACUCUUAAUGAUGGAUUAGUUUCUUAAAAACACACAGCUUUUGGCUUCUCCAGAUAUUAAUUGAUGUUUUUAUCAGCUGGUUGGACUCUCAUUCUGACGGCACCCAUUACAUCUUGUAUGGCCUGAGGGUGAGUACAUUUUCAGCUAGUUUUCAUUUUUCAACUGUUCCUUUAAAAUAUUACAGAAUCAGAGGCACACUAGCAUCACUUGUUAUUAUUAUAAAACGGUUUUGUUGUGCUUUUGGUGUUGUGUAAUCCAAGGCCUAAACAGUUGCUAUGGAUAUAUGCGAGGGUAGAAAGCAUUUAGGGCAGCAUUAUUUGUGUGGUUUAUUCGUUGCAUAAGUAUUAAAUAUGCUAAUAGUACAGUGAUUUCAGCCAGAGACAUGUACAAUACAAGACCAUUGCCCUGGAUCAAAAUAGAUCAAAGAUACUCUCUAGUACUACAGUAUGUGAUCUUCCUGUUACCAGCCCAUAGCUAGAACCUAUUAUGCAAUGAGCAGUAUUUCAGUGAGCAAAUGAAUAUAUAGAUGAGUAAUGGCAGAGAUAGGGUGGAUGUUUGUCUCAGUAACUUGACUCAGUCCUGAUUGCAAAAAUGUUAAAUUUUAGUAUAUAAAUACAGUCAGUUGUGUUUGUGUGUGUGUCAUGUCUGAGAGCUUAUGUACAUAUUUUGUUUGUAUAUUAUCACAUACGUUUAGACAGGUAGCAGAUACUCUUUAGAAGAAGAAAAAAAUAUGUUUUUAUAUAUGAAACAGGAAACAUAGCUAUUUAUCUAUGAUAAAAAAAUAUAUAUAAUUUAUUUUUUUCAUAAACAGAUCAGUUACUGUCUUUAGAAAUUCAAGAUCAACUUGUUGCCACACAUUUAUGUUGCUUUAUUAUGGAAUAGACAAUGUCUGCAGAUUUUACCACAAUUAUUAUUCAUAAUAAACAAACCUAAAACCA